AUGAUCACAGGUUGCAUAACAUGUUGGUGUCCCUGCAUUACAUUUGGACAGAUUGCUGAGAUUGUUGACAGAGGAUCCACCUCUUGUGGAGCGAGUGGGGCAUUAUACGGGCUGAUAUCGUGCUUUGCGGGAUGCGCGUGCAUAUACUCUUGCUUCUACCGAUCAAGAAUGAGAAGCCAAUACAUGCUAGCGGAGGAACCUUGUCCCGAUUUGCUUCUACACCUUUGUUGCGAGUCCUGCGCUUUGUGCCAAGAGUAUCGUGAGCUCCAACAUCGUGGCUUCGACAUGAAUCUUGGAUGGUAUGGAAAUGUUGACAAACUAAAUCAAGGAUUGACAAUGGCACCAUUUGUUGAAGGAGGGAUGAAUAGAUAAGUUGUCUUAUUUGGUUUCCGUUUGUUGUCUUGUUUGGAUGUAUUUUUCGUUUUAUUCAAUAAUUGUAUGUGUGGUCGAAAGAGUGUUUAUGAAGGAAGAUGGGUGCAUUUUUUUUUU